AUGGCAAGGCAGCAACCGGGGCUGGCCUGCGAGGAAUGUCGCCGACGGAAGGCACGAUGUGAUCGCGGGCGCCCUCAAUGUGGGAUCUGCGCGGAUGCGGGUCGGGAAUGUGUUUUUGUGGACAAGAGAGCCCCCAGAGGGCCUAAGAAGGGUCAGUUGAAGGAUUUGCGGUCUCGAGUUGCGGAAAUCGAACAACGAUUGAUCAGCCAGGACCGACCUCUCGAUGAUGGCAUGUCGACUCCAGAACUCGAAGAUCCGAGUGAGCUCUCCUACGAUGGCCCAAUCGGGAUUGACAUGGAUGCGUAUCAAAUGCCGCCACGGUCCGUUUCCAUCGACUUAACCGAAUUAAAACGACCGACAGAUUGGACGCUGGCGUCCUGUCGGGCUAAUUCAUGGACUGCAAAUGGAAGCUUUACGCCCAACUCACAAAAUAUGCACGGCCUCGGUUUAGGCGUUCUCUCACCAAUGUCACCUGCUCAGACGCCUAUAAACCAGAUGACUCUCGGAGAAGAUUUGAACAUGUCAGAUCUUAUGCUUGCCGAUCUGGACCUACUAUAUUUUGAGCGAGUGCAUCCUAUUGUUCCCAUAAUCCACAAGGAGCGGUAUUUCUCAUGGGCCAAUAAUGAAAAUGUCUCACCUUCUCGCAUCUGCUUACGAUCAGCUAUGCGAACCAUUGCUGCGGCAAUGUCCUCUCAAUUCUGCACCUUUACUGAGCCCCUGUAUGCGCGGACCCGCCGCAUGCUCGAGAUGCAGGAGGUACCUGGCGAGACUGGCCUUCCCUGGAUGGCAAUACCCAGGGAUUCCAGUAGCGGAGUGGAUCACGAGGUGGUUGCAGCAUGGCUUCUCCUUGCCCAUUGCGAGCUCAUGCGCAAGUCAGAGCAGGAAGCUCUUCUCACAGCCGGGCACGCAUUCACGCUUCUUCAGUUCUCCUCCAUAAUUGAGAUUGACAUGCCUAACAUCGAGGCCUCGCCGCCGAGUGAUUAUGCAAGUUCAAAUCCCGGCACAUCUCCAUAUACUUCAAAGGCCAUUACAAAUGAAUCUUGGAUGGAGACCGAGGAGAAGCGACGGACGCUUUGGGCCGCAUUCGUUUUCGACCGAUUAUCCAGCAUGCUGAACGACCGACCAUCGAUGCUGCACGAAGAAAUGAUUCAAACACGUCUCCCAAUGCCCGAGACGGAUUUCCAGAGUGGCCAGUUCCCCGUUCCCAUGGGAUUCCUUUCUGAAACAAUGAGCAACACCAACGAAUAUGCCUCACUCCCAUCAUUCGCUCAAUGCGUCGUGCUUGCAAAUUUAUAUGGCCACUGUCUAUCGCACCGACGAUUAGAACAAUCAAUCCCAACCCCAGGUCCGGAGUCGCAAUCCCAAGACUUCUGGACAAGACACGAAUGGCUAGCCUCAGCCGCCACAGCUGCAACAAUGACACCUCUCCCAACACAGUCUAGCAAACGCGACGCCUCAAUAAAAUGUGAUGCCAUGGAUUUCUUUAAUCACAUCCUCGCCUACAGCGCAUGCAUUUCGCUAAGCGAAACAGCCGAGGAGAGACUCUGGCAAAACGUUAAUGACCAAAUGCUAGCAUUGGCAUAUAAGCAAGCAGCCUACCAGGCCGCAAAUGACGUCGUCCAUCUCAUCCAAAAGCUGCCUCGUGUUGCAUUCUUCAAGAUGCACCCCUUCCUUCCCAACUCAAUCUGCCUGGUCGCUAAAUUCUUAACUAUCGCCACGUCUCAACUUGCCAAUCCGACAGGUCAUAGACAUGAUGGUGUCCAGAAUUUGAUGAUUGGGUUAAGGCAACUUAGUGAUGUCAACAACCUGGCUAGAGAAUCUUUGAUGAAAUUAGAAGCUGGAUUUGGCUGGUCCACGUCGGCAAGGGGGGAGUUGUGUUAG